CCCGCCCCCACCUGAGCGUGGCCGUGCUGUGCUUAAUUAACCUCCUUAAUUACAUGGACAGGUUCACCGUGGCAGGUGUGCUGCCGGAAGUUGAGGAUUAUUUCGGGAUCGGCGACAGCAGCUCCGGCCUCCUGCAGACAGCUCUGUCCCCUCCCCCGCAGGUGAGCGACGCGCUGGGGGGAGGGGCGGCGGCCGUUUCGUACCAGCGGGGGGCGGGGGCUCUGCUGAGGGCGCUGCUGCUGCUGCCCUUCGCCGCCGCCCUGGGCGGGGCCGCGUUCCUCGCCGCCGGAAACGCCCUGCCCGGGGACCGGCGCCGCGCCCGCCGCGAGGCUCAGGUGACCACUGACCCACAGGUGACCCCUGUCCUGGGUUUGGUGGCCCUGCUGCUGCUCCUGGCCGUGGUCAGUGACCCCCCCCGGGGUGGCCUGGAGGCUCCUCCGGCCACUGCCCCGCCCCUCCCCCACCGCUGGAGCCACGACCUGCGGCUGCUGGCCAGAAACCGGACCCUGGUGCUGUCCACGCUGGGAUUCACCUCGGUGGCCUUCGUGACCGGAGCUCUGGCCCUCUGGGCUCCGGCUUUCCUGUUCCGCGUGCGGCUGGCGCGGGGGGAGGGGCAGCCCUGCCGGGGGGGGCGGCGUUGCCAGGGAGACGAGAGCCUCCUGUUCGGGGCCCUGACCUGCGGCUCGGGGGUGUUGGGGGUGGGGCUGGGGGCGGAGCUUUCGCGGAGGCUCCGCCCCCGGCACCCCCGGGCGGAUCCAUUGCUGUGCGCGGGGGGGCUCCUGGGGGGGGCCCCGUUCCUGCUGCUGGCGCUGCUCUGCGCCCGGCCCUGCCCCCCCGCCGCCUACGUUUUCAUCUUCCUGGGUGAGACCCUCCUGUCCCUGAACUGGGCCAUCGUGGCCGACAUCUUACUGUACGUGGUGCCCCCCGGGCGCCGCUCCACGGCCGAGGCGCUGCAGAUCGUGGCCUCGCACUUACUGGGAGACGCUGGGAGCCCCUACCUGGUGGGACUGGUGAGCGACGCGCUGGGGGGAGGGGCGGCGGCCGUUUCGUACCAGCGGGGGGCGGGGGCUCUGCUGAGGGCGCUGCUGCUGCUGCCCUUCGCCGCCGCCCUGGGCGGGGCCGCGUUCCUCGCCGCCGGAAACGCCCUGCCCGGGGACCGGACGGUGCUUCCGGACCCGCCCGGUGACGUCGGCGGUGACGUCGCGGCCGCGCCCGAUGACGUCAGCGAUGGGGGGGCGGGGCCGGAGGAGGGGGAGGGGGAGGAGCCGUACGAGAACGUCCCCGAGGGAGGCGGAGACUCGAGGGAAACCCAGAGAACCUCGUAG